AUGGGGGGAGCUGCCGCUCGCGAGGUUCGCGGGGGUGUUGUUACUGCUCCAGAGCUGCCUCUCCUGAGCGGAAAUACACGUGCUCGCGUGGCUGCCAACGAGAACAAUGCGGAGCGUGUGGCGAGUCGUGGGGGGGGAGGCCGUGCGAAGGCCAGCGGGGGAUCGGCUACCCCGAUGAGCAGCAGCAGUGCUGCGAAUGGGGUUGCUCUCAACGCGCGUGGAGAUGAGCAGGUGUCUUCAUCUCCGCGGCUUUCUGAAAUAGACAUUCUGCAGGCUGAUGACGAGAGUCUGUUCAGGACGGCUAAGGACCAAGGGGGCUGCCGUUUGCUCCAGCGACUGCUGGCAGAUGGAACCCCUGACGAAGUGGAUCGCGUCUUUAACAUGGCCUUCUCCCGCCUAGAGGAACUGAUGACUGAUGCUUACGGCAAUUAUUUGUUUCAAAAGCUCCUGGACGUCUGCUCCGAUGACCAGCUGCGACAGCUGUUGCACGCCAUUACUCCCCACCUCAAGGACAUAUGCCUUGAUCCGCAUGGCACACGCACUGCGCAGAAGCUCAUCGAAGUCAUCUGCGGAUCGCGCCAAAGUCCGUCGCUCACGCAGGAGUUGAUUUGCGCCUUCGAGCCAUUGGUCGUUGACUUGGCAACCGAUGCCAAUGGAAAUCAUGUGAUCAAACGCUUCUUAUGGUGCAGUACGCGCGAAAGCAGCGCGUGCAGCAUCGACUUCAUCCUUAAAACUGCAUGUGACCACUGCGUCCACAUUGCCACUGAAAGGCACGGGUGCUGCGUAAUGCAGCGCUGCUGCGAAGCCGCCACGGGGGUCCUCAAGGUAUGCGGAAAAUGGGGGGAAGGGGGAGGUAUGAGUGACGUCGAAUGCAUGCUUAAGCAGCAGUUUCUACGGGGAAAUGGGAGGUGGGGCGGUGCAAAUCUGGGUGCCCUGCUUGCUCGUAUUGGUCUGCCGCCUCUGGAAAAAGUUUUGCCUUACGCGGAGUGUAUUGCCAACACGCUUUUGUGUGUAUGUACAGGACCAGAUUCUGGCCGAGGUUGCAGCUAA